AUGGACAAGAAGCUGAGUGCAGGCCUAAGCUCAUCAGAGGAACUUGUAGCCUUCUGCUUCCCAAUUAGCUCUUGGGGCUCAACCCAGUGGAGGGAAGUGUUACUGACUGAAACUCCACCACCUCUGUCUCUCUUGACAGCCUGCACAUUCCAGUGCAAGUACAAGGGGGAGCAUGAAGCUGGCUUACAAAUCAAUGUCUCAGUUUACACACUCCCUCCACCAUUAGCUGCUUCUGAAGAUGGGAUUCUGAGGCUGGAACUGCAAAUAGCAAAAGAUGGCAACUACAGGCUGUGGUACAAGGACAGUGACUACCCCAUUGAGAGAAUCCUUCAGGAGUCGGUGUUUGUUGAGGUUCGUGUGAAGGAUCGCACUGACCCAGUGAUUGUCCUGAGAUUGCAUGACUGCUGGGCAACUCCUGUGCCAGCCCCUGACCAUGAGGUGCAGUGGAGUCUCCUGGUGGAUGGGUGCCCCUAUGAGGGUGAUGACUACCUGACUGUCCUACACCCAGUAGAUGCCUCUUCUGGCCUGCAGUUCCCAACCCAUCACAAGCGGUUUGAAGUGAAGACCUUUGUUUUCUUGGAUGGAGUGUCUGAGCAGCCCAUCUCUGGACAGGUUUACCUGCACUGCAGUGCUGAGGUUUGCUCUCCCUCUGCUCAGAAUGACUGUACAACCAGAUGUGGUUCAAGGUCACGCAGGAGUGUUCACCUCCAUGACGGGACCUUGGUAAGUGCUCCUGGUCCUGUUGUGUUCCUGUUGCAGGAGAACAGCCAGUCUAAGCAGCUGCUGAAUGAGAAUGGUGCUGCUGGAUCUCCUGUUGUGGUUGGAGUAGCCAUUGGGUUUCUGGUGUUCCUGUUGGUGGUGAUGGCUGCAGUGUACAGAAUGAAGAACCCAGCCCUGUCUGUGCCCAGUGUCGUGAGACUGAACUGUAGACCUUGAAUACAAAUAAACCAGACAGAAACCUGC